GGCAAUUGGGGUUGUUAGGUUGUUGCACCGCGAACUCUUCUAGGUCCGUACGGAGGAUGAGAAUAAGAACAAAUGAAGAGAUUUUGGAAACUUCUCACUUGAAUCUCUGACACCGAGUUCCCACCCCGAGCAGGAGAGAACUUUUACCAAAGUUUGUGCGAGGAACGGGAUGUCCCGUGCCGCGACGAUAGCGGCGGCGCUCACAAACUUGCGCCGCCAUUGCCGGCUCGCCAGGCCACGUGACCGCAUUCCUCCAACGAUGGCUGUGGAUGUCGAGGGGCGGUUUGAGGCGUUUCAGGGGUGUGCAGCAACUGUUAAUAGCGGGCGUAUCGGUGCGCAGUUUUCGGGCAUGAUUUGCGACGGAUCGCGUCCCCGAGGAACCGCGGACUCGUGCUAAAUCGACGGCGACAACGCCGGCGUAGCGUACCGCGGGGUCUCCGGCACCACCAGAUCGCUCCGCUGUUUUGAAAUCGUGAACGACAAUGCCGCCGGCCAAGGGGGACGGGAUGAGGGGACUGGCGGUCUUCAUUUCGGACAUCCGCAACUGCAAGAGCAAAGAGGCCGAGACCAAGCGCAUCAACAAGGAACUGGCCAAUAUUCGCUCCAAGUUCAAGGGCGACAAGACACUGGAUGGCUACCAGAAGAAGAAAUACAUAUGCAAGUUGCUGUUUAUCUUCCUGCUCGGGCACGACAUCGACUUCGGGCACAUGGAAGCCGUCAACCUGCUCAGCUCCAACAAAUACUCGGAGAAGCAAAUUGGCUACCUCUUCAUCCUGGUGCUGAUGAACGCCAAGGACGAGCUGAUGCGUCUCAUCGUCCAGUCCAUCAAGAACGAUCUGGCCUCCCGCAACCCGGUCCACGCUAACCUGGCGCUCCAGUGUGUCGCCAACAUGGGAAACCUCGAAAUGGCUGAAGCGUUCGGCCGUGACAUCCCGAAGCUACUCGUUUCCGCGGACACGAUGGAUCAGGUGAAGCAGAGCGCCUCACUGUGCCUUCUCCGCCUCCUCCGUACCCUCCCAGACGUGGUGCCAGGCGGUGAGUGGACCUCCCGGAUCGUGCACCUCCUCAACGAUCAACACAUGGGCGUCGUGACGGCCGCGGUGAGCCUCAUAGACGCCCUCGUCAAGAAGAACCCCGAAGAGUAUAAGGGCUGCGUGCCGCUGGCGGUUUCCCGCCUCAGCCGCAUCGUGAACGCCUCUUACACUGACCUACAAGACUACACGUAUUACUUCGUGCCUGCACCGUGGCUCUGCAUGAAGCUGCUGCGACUGUUGCAGAACUACCCGCCGCCUGAAGAGCCCAGCGUGCGAGGCCGACUCAACGAGUGCCUCGAGACGCUCCUCAACAAGGCCCAGGAGCCGGCCAAGUCGAAGAAAGUACAGCACUCAAAUGCUCGUCAUGCUGUCCUCUUUGAGGCCAUCUCGCUGAUCCUUCACAUGGACCGCCUGGGAGCCUUGCCGGAGCCCCACCUGCUUCUUCGUGCGUGCGGCCAGCUGGGACAGUUCCUGCAGCACCGGGAGACCAACUUGCGAUACAUGGCUCUGGAAGGGCUCUGCCUUCUUGCAACCUCCGACUCGUCGCACGAAGCGGUCAAGAAACACCAGGACACGGUGGUGGCAGCCCUCAAGAUGGAACGGGAUGUCAGCGUGCGACAGAAGGCGGUCGACCUACUCUAUGCCAUGUGUGACCGCACCAAUGCUCAGCUCAUUGUUGCCGAGAUGCUGGCUUACUUGGAGACGGCAGACUAUGCCAUCCGUGAAGAGAUGGUUCUCAAAGUGGCCAUCCUGGCCGAAAAGUAUGCGUCUGACUACGCCUGGUAUGUGGACGUUGUCCUAACCCUCAUUCGCGUCGCCGGUGACCAUGUCAGUGAGGAGGUCUGGUACCGUGUGGUUCAGAUUGUGGCCAACCGGGAAGAUGUUCAGGGGUAUGCAGCUAAAGUGUGCUUCCAAGCACUGCAGGCUCCGGCCUGCCACGAGAACAUGGUCAAGGUGGCUGGAUAUGUACUUGGAGAGUUUGGCAACCUUGUAGCGGGAGACCAACGUUCUACGCCAUCUGUCCAGUUCCAUCUUCUUCACUCCAAGUACCACCUGUGCAGUGCGCCCACACGAGCGCUUCUGUUGACGACCUACAUCAAGUUUGUGAAUCUGUUCCCUGAGGUGAAGGCUGAAAUCCAAGAAGUGCUCCGUAGUGACAACAACCUGCGGUGUGCCGAUGCAGAGCUACAGCAACGCUCUGUCGAGUACCUAGGCCUGAGCAAGAUUGCAUCUUCAGAAGUUCUUGCCACCGUACUUGAAGAAAUGCCACCGUUCCCCGAGCGCGAGUCCUCCAUCCUUGCAAUGCUCAAAAGGAGGAAGCCUGGCCUCAAAGAGGUUACCACGGAGCCUCCCAUUCCACCACGCUCUUCAGACGUCACUCCUAGACCCAUAAUGGCAAAUGGUGGCACUGGUGGUGGAGGUACCGAAGCAGACCUGCUGGGAAUCUCUUUGCAGAGCCCCGAAGAACCGUUACCUCCUGCUACCGCAGCCCCUACAAGUGCCGAAGAUGGCCUUCGAAAAUUGGUGCUGCGCAACAACGGAGUCCUCUUUGAAAAUACCGUACUCCAGGUUGGAGUGAGAGCUGAGUUCAAGCAGAAUCUAGGCCGCCUGAGCCUCUUCUUUGGCAACAAGAGCACGUUCCAGCUGCAAGGCUUCGCAUCGACCGUGUCUUGCCGCGGCGAUCAGGCCUCCCGAUUGGGCAUCCAAGCGCGUCCCGUCGAACAGGUGGUCGAAGCUGGCUCCCAAGUUCAGCAGGUCGUGAGUGUCGAGUGUCUUCAGGAGUUCCAGGAUCCCCCAGAGCUCCUGGUACAGUUCCUCUACUGCGGCAGCGGCCAGUCCCUUACCUUGAAGCUUCCGGUUUUCCUGAACAAGUUCUUCGAGCCGACCGUCAUGACUGGAGAGUCCUUCUUUGCUCGCUGGAAGAACCUCUCAAGUCCGCAGCAAGAAGAACAGAAGGUGUUCCGUGCACGGUUCCCCAUGGAGGCGGCUGCUAUCCGGUCCAAGCUGGAAGGUUUUGGGAUGCAGCUACUGGAGGGCAUUGACCCCAAUCCUGUAAACCAUGUGUGCGCAGCCAUCGUGUGCACCCGUGGCCAGCAGGUGGGAUGCCUGCUUCGGCUUGAGCCUAACCUGGAGGCCCGCAUGUACCGUCUGACGGUGCGCUCCAGCAAGAACCACGUCUCCAAGAUCCUGGUGGACCUUUUGCACGAGCAGCUAUGAGUUUGCGUCGACAAUGCGUCGGCCGCUGUGAACAACCAGAGUCUAUUCUUGAUAAUAUAUACUACAGAACUGUAGAAUGAAGGGAUGCCCACACAAGUGCCUCGUUACCCAAUAAAUCCCUUUUGUUACCAA